AAAAAUAAUAGAACUUCGAUAAAUGAAAUAGGGGCAGCCGCUGAAGUCCCAUUCUCCUUCACCGCCUACUUUCUCUCCUUUCCUAUCUUCACUCCCUUCUUAUCUUCUCUCUGUCUCUGUCUCUCCAAAUUCUCUUUUUUCAGUUUAUUGAUUUACAAAUGGCCGAAAGUGGAGUCGUAACCGUCUACGGGAAUGGCGCAAUCACUGAAACCUCAAAGAAAUCACCAUUCUCAGUGAAAGUGGGCCUUGCCCAGAUGCUCCGUGGCGGCGUUAUUAUGGACGUUGUCAAUGCUGAGCAGGCCCGGAUAGCGGAGGAGGCUGGUGCAUGCGCCGUUAUGGCACUUGAGCGUGUACCUGCGGAUAUUCGGGCACAAGGUGGCGUGGCCCGUAUGUCAGAUCCACAGCUGAUUAAGGAAAUUAAGCAGGCGGUAACUAUUCCUGUUAUGGCGAAGGCCCGGAUUGGGCAUUUCGUUGAGGCCCAGAUUCUCGAGGCUAUUGGGAUUGAUUAUGUUGAUGAGUCUGAGGUGCUUACCCCUGCUGAUGAUGAAAAUCAUAUUAACAAGCAUAACUUUAGAAUCCCUUUUGUUUGUGGCUGCCGGAACCUCGGGGAGGCCCUCCGCCGUAUCAGGGAGGGCGCUGCCAUGAUUCGUACCAAGGGGGAAGCGGGUACUGGGAAUAUUAUUGAGGCGGUGCGUCAUGUGAGAUCGGUUAUGGGAGAUAUUCGGCUCCUUCGUAAUAUGGAUGAUGAUGAGGUGUUCACAUUUGCGAAGAAGAUCCAGGCGCCAUAUGAUCUGGUGAUGCAGACCAAGCAGCUUGGCAGGCUUCCAGUGGUGCAUUUUGCAGCCGGCGGGGUGGCCACACCUGCAGAUGCCGCCCUCAUGAUGCAACUGGGAUGUGAUGGCGUUUUUGUGGGUUCUGGAGUGUUCAAGAGUGGGGAUCCUGCCCGCAGGGCUCGUGCCAUUGUCCAGGCCGUCACUCACUACAGUGAUCCGGAGGUUCUGGUUGACGUUAGUUGUGGGCUCGGGGAAGCAAUGGUUGGAAUUAAUCUAAAUGAUGAGAAGGUCGAGAGGUACGCUAACAGGUCCGAGUGAGGAAACAUAAUGGCGCCGGAAGCAUAGGCAGGCUUCAGCUUCAGAUUUCGUGGUCAGUGGAUGAGUAUAAAGGAACCUCAUGGAUAACUAAUCUAUAUUGGUCAAUUUUACAGUUUCUGCUUAAUGAGAUGUUACUGUUUUAGGUUCAAAAACUUGUUAUAAUUUGAUACCUAUGAAUUUGUGUGGCAAAUUGAAUUUAAUGAUGAUUCUUGUUUGCUA